UGAAAACUUGCCAAUUCACUUCUCUUCGAGCUUCUCUCUUUCUACGAUCCUUAUAGACCCCCAAUACACACAGAGAGAUGCACAGCCAUUGAACUACAUUGUUGCACUUUCACUAUCGACCUUACAAGAAUCACUUCAAUUUCAACAAAUACCUCCAAGAAACUUCCCAGAUUACUUCUAUAAUGCCGGAGGCAAGAGACAGGUUAUCGAGGGCCGAGCACCCUAUAGCUACAUACAGACCAAGGUUGAGGUCAAUCACUUUGGGUGAAAAUGCAGGUAGGGGUGAUACUGUAUUUUUUGUUUUGGAAGACGAGCCUGAGUUGGCACGAGGUAGUGGGACUCCAUUCAGGUGGAGGGAUACAAUGAUGACCGGUAUACAUGGAACAAUAGGCGUGGCUGCUGCUAGUGCUGGUGCUACAAGAAGAGGUCGUGGUGGUCAUAGGAGGGGUAUUCCGGGGUCACCAGGAAUUAGGCAGGGGCAGAAUGUUGGCCAAGAAAAUAUUUCUCCGACUGUAGGACGUGGACGGGGAGGGCGUGGAAGUGUGCUACCUUAUUGGUAUCCAAGAACACCGCUUCGUGAUAUUACUUCGGUCGUAAGGGCAAUAGAAAGAAGAUCUCGCUUGAGAGAAGGUGAAGGCCUACAAACUGGGAGUCCUAUUCUCCAGGACCAGCAAGUUCAUUAUCCUUUUCUGUCUACACCAGGUGCUCCACUUGAGCAUAUUACUUGUAUGAUCUCCCCAAAGCCAACCAUUGGUACUAGUCGUUGUUCAGCAUCAAUUGGUAAGGUACCCAAAUUAUUGCUUGAUAUCACCAAUAAGAAGGACGAAGAUUCAGGCUGUUCAACUCCUCAGAAGAUGUUGCUGAACUCAAUUGACACGGUCGAGAAGGUGGUGAUGGAAGAGUUGCGCAAACUGAAGCGGACUCCCUCUGCUAGGAAAGCUGAGAGGGAAAAAAAGGUUAGGACUUUGAUGUCGAUGCGGUAAAUUGGGCAAUUUAUCUUGAAGUUCUCAAUCAAGGUUGAGGUGGGAUUUCACAGGAAAGGAGUGAACGACUGACCUGCAUUGGAUGGAUAUGAUCAUCUCUUGAUGAUCAGAAUCCCAGGUUUGACUAGAUAUAUCUCUAUAUCCUUAAUUCUGCUACGUAGCAUAGUCUUUUGAGGUUCAUGUCUUGAUGAUACUCGUGUGUCACUGAUGUAAUCAGAUUACAGUAAUAAUUGUUGGUUUAUAGUCUGAAUUUUGCUGCAGCUGUUAUGCAGACAAUGAUUGAUGGUUUUGUAUUGAUGUUCAUAAAAAGGCUUUACUUUUUUCUUCUUUA